AUGACAACGGUCCCGGCGUCGGCGAUGACGACAACGGCCCCGGCGUCAGCGAUGGCGACAACGGCCCCGGCGUCGGCGAUGACAACGGCCCCGGCGUCAGCGAUGACGACAACGAUAACGACCCCGGCGUCGACGAUGGUCGCAGCCCCAGUGGAGGUGACAACUUCCUCGUCGACAUUAAGCAAAGAAGAUGUAAUUAAUAUCAUAAAUGAAAUGAUGUCGACGAGGGGAAUUCACGACAGAGGUGGCAGAGGUGCCAGAGGGGGCAGAGGGGGCAGAGGGGGCAGAGGGGGUAGAGGUGGCAGAGGUGGCAGAGGUGGCAGAAGAGGCAGAAGAUUUGGAAGACGUGGCGGGGGGAUAUACAUUUAUUACACGUCAUAA